AUGCGGCCCAUCGGCGGCCCUGCCCCUCUUGCCAAGAACAUGACUAUGUCUUCCAAAACAGGGCAAAAGAAGCCCGUCUCUGCCCAUAAAAGGGACUGGAGAGUACCUCUUAAGGUCAUUAUAUUGCUGCUUAUUGCAGCGGUUUCCCUCGCCUCUCGUUUGUUCUCAGUGAUCCGUUAUGAAUCUAUUAUCCACGAAUUUGACCCCUGGUUCAACUAUCGUGCUUCCAAAAUCUUGGUUGAGAAGGGUUUUUACAGCUUUCUAAAUUGGUUCGAUGAACGUAGUUGGUUUCCCUUGGGUAGAGUUGCUGGUGGCACACUGUACCCCGGUUUGAUGAUUACUUCGGCUCUCAUUCACAACGUCUUGCACUUUUUGCGCAUUAAUGUUGAUAUCAAGGAUGUUUGUGUUAUGGUAGCUCCUGCCUUUUCCGGCGUAACGGCCAUUGCUACGUACUACUUAGCUCGUGAACUGAAAGACGAUGCUUGUGGCCUUUUUGCAGCCGCCUUCAUCGGUAUUGCUCCCGGUUACAUCUCUCGUUCUGUCGCCGGUUCUUAUGACAAUGAAGCCAUCGCCAUUACCCUGCUCAUGACUACGUUCGCUCUUUGGAUCAAGGCUGUCAAGACUGGCUCUGCCCUGUGGGGAACUGCUACUGCCUUGUUCUACUUCUACAUGGUAGCUGCUUGGGGUGGUUAUGUGUUUAUCACUAACAUGAUUCCCCUUCACAUCUUCGUUCUUUUGCUGAUGGGUCGUUUCACGUCCAAAAUCUAUGUUGCAUACACCACUUUCUACGUUAUUGGUACCUUAGCUUCUAUGCAGAUUCCCUUUGUCGGAUUCCAACCCAUCCGUACCAGUGAGCAUAUGGCAGCUUUGGGUGUCUUUGGCUUGUUGCAACUGUUCGCUAUUUAUGAUGCCGUUAAGCGUAUCGUCCCCUCUGCUCAAUUCCGUAAGCUCGUUCAGCUCGCUAUUAUCGCCGUCAGUGGUCUCGCUUUUGUCGCUCUCGUUUACCUUACUAUGCGUGGUGUCAUUGCCCCUUGGACUGGUCGUUUCUAUUCCUUGUGGGAUACUAGCUAUGCCCGCAUUCAUAUCCCAAUUAUUGCUUCGGUUUCCGAGCAUCAACCUCCAGCAUGGGCUUCGUUCUUCUUUGACUUGCAAUUUUUAAUCUGGCUUUUGCCAGCUGGUCUGUACGUUUGUUUCAAGGAGCUUCGCAAUGAGCAUGUUUUCAUUAUUCUUUAUGCCGUUGCAGCCACGUAUUUCUCCGGUGUCAUGGUCCGUUUGAUGCUUACGUUGACGCCCUGUGUUUGUAUCGCUGCCGCUGUUGCCGUGUCUACCCUUCUCGACACAUACUUCGGCCCAAGUCCUAAGAAAGAAGACGAGGAUGACAGUGCUGCCAACCAAGCCGAGUCGAAGACUUCUUUCCUUAAAAUUGCAAAGGGUAUUAAGCGUCUUGGCAUUUACAAGGUUUUCUCCCGUCUCAUUGUUGUCGGGUUCGGUGUUGUAUUACUUGAUCUUGAUGGUUCUCAAUACUUUAUUGACGACUUCCGUGAGGCCUACGACUGGUUGCGCCGUAACACUCCCUACGACUCCAAGGUAAUGAGUUGGUGGGAUUAUGGCUACCAGAUUGCUGGUAUGGCUGAUCGCGUUACCCUUGUGGACAACAACACAUGGAACAACACUCACAUUGCCACUGUUGGCAAGGCUAUGUCUUCUCCCGAAGAUGCCGCGUACCCCAUUCUUCGUAAGCAUGAUGUGGACUACAUUCUCAUCAUUUACGGAGGUGUCUUGGGUUACAGCGGUGACGACAUGAACAAGUUCUUGUGGAUGGUUCGUAUUUCGCAAGGCAUUUGGCCCGAAGAUAUCGUCGAGCGUGAAUUCUUCACGAACCGUGGAGAAUACCGUAUUGAUGAUGAGGCCUCGCCCACGAUGCGCGAAUCCUUGAUGUACAAAAUGUCCUACCACGGUCUCUCACAAUUGUACCCUCCUAACCAAGGUGUGGACCGUGUUCGUUCUCAAAGACUGCCUUCUCAUGAUCCUCAAUUGUGGACACUUGAUGAGGCAUUCACUACGCAAAACCACCUUGUCCGUAUUUACCAGGUGAAGAAGCCUGAUCAGCUGGGUCGUGACCUGAAACAGGUUGCCGAUUUUGAGAAUGGCAAGCGCAAGAAGCUCCGCCAACCUACUAAGCUUUCCGCCCAAUGGUUGAGAGAGUAG